AUGGAGUCCACCUCGAGCAGGGAGUUGGUGACAGUGGCGUCGUUAGAUUAUGGGGUCAGUCAGAGGGAAGAUGCCGAGGCUGAUAGUUAUGCCAUAACCGAAGACCCAGUAGACUAUUCUGAGGAGUGGGGGGCGUCUAGGGUGCUUUCAAGUAUGAAUUGGAAGAGGUUAGGGGAGAUCAGGGAGAGAUAUAGUGUCCCCCACUCCAUAGAGAUGCUAGUUCCCGAACCAAAUGAGCGAGCCUGCUAUCCGAGGUUCGGAUGCGUGGCUGUCAGUGAAUACCUGUUUAAGAUUGUAGUACGAGAUAAAUUCAAGAGGAAGGAGUACCCAGCUCCGGAUAUGCCCACGAUUCUGAAGGCCACCACCACCUCCAAGGCUAGGGCCUUGAAGUCGGGAUCUAGUGGGGCCAAGGAGGUCCGAGGUAAGGUGGAAUGCCUUUCCAAGGACAGCACUCCAAAGGCUCCUGAAGAGGGAGCUUUCCAAAGGCAGGAGAGGCCAAAAGAGCCUCGGAGCAAAGAGAAGGUCCCAGAGGAGGUGAAGAGGAGGAAGCUGGUGCAAGUUACCAGCUCGUCCGGGAAAUUUAGGACAUCAGUGUCUCAUGAGGCCAAAUCCACAGGCGAGCCGAAGCUGCUCGCAUCCGCCUCCAAAGCCAUCAAGAUAGAAAUGGUCAGAGAGGCUGAGGCUGAGGCGGCUAAAGAGGAGGCAGUGAGGAGAGCUACCGAGGCUGCCGAGGAGGAGGCAGCUAAACAAAAGCUUGCUCGGGAAAAGGGGAAGUCUCCAAGCUUCCUAGUUGGAAGGGAGGAGACCUUGGCCCCAGCCUUGGUGGAAGCUCUUCCAGAGGAGGUUCGAAGCGCCAUUGAAAACUUUUACAGGUUCUGGACUGACAUGUGGCAGCUGCAUGCCUCCUCCUGCGAUGCAUCCGACCUGACGAGGGCGAAGGCCCUUAGUGAUUUUCAAUCAAGGACCAGAUCUUCGGAGGAGAAGACGGCCUCCCUUGCAGAGGAGGUUAAGGCGGCUAGGGCCGAGGCGGAGAUUGAGGCUUUGAAGAAGGAGGUUCAUGAGUCACAAUGCGAGGUGGCCUCCCUAACAAAGAAGGUGGAGGUCUCCAAUGAGUACCAGAAAGUAACUGCUAAGGCCUUGGAGAAGGCCAAUCUCUCUUUGGUGGGUGCCCAAGAUGCUUAUCAUUUCUUGGAAACCCAAAUAAAGUGGUAUGUGGAUGAUGCAUCCCAUGCCAGAGAGGAGGCUCAACGGGCGAGGAAACAGGCGGUGCAGGAGUACGUCGCCAACUUCCAUAACACAGAGGAGUAUAAGAGCUUCAGUGCUUACUGGAGAAGCUUUGCCUAUGCUGAGGUGAUGGAACGGGCGGAGGAAAUGUAUCCCAAUUUGGAUCUGACUCAAUUCAGGUCUGAAUUCAUGGAUGAGGUACCUCAGACCCCUGCUGAGGAGGUGCAGGGUAAUGAAACAGCUGAGGUAGGGGAGACAAAUGCCGAUGCUCAAGCUGCCGAAGCCCCAAAUACUGAAGUACCUCCCCCAUCUACCCAAGCUUAG